AUGCCGCGCGUCGACGAGGAGUCGGCCCUCCUCGGGGGGAGCGAUGCGGGGGUGAAGAGCCGGCGAGUGGGAACGAGUGCGAUUCGAUACGCUCUGGCCGGGAGCGCGGCGCUGUGUUUCGCGCUUGUCGCGGUCCUGACUUUCGGCGGGGAGGUGCGGGAGUACAAAUCCCAGGAAAGCGAGCCAGAGCCCGCACCGAUCCUUCAGGGUGCACAGGAAUCCGAUAAGCCUCUGCCGCCGAGCCCGUUCGUGGCGAUGCAGGGCAUGUUCGCGUACGAGACGUGGACCGAGUCCGAGGUUAAACGUCAGGGGGACCCCGAUGACGAUGCGCGUCCUCUUCUUCAGUCGAUGCCCAACUUUGGCGCGUCCGUGGAAUCCUGGGAAACUAUACGAACUGCGGUGCAGACGGGGCUUGGCGCCACCGGGCAGCGCAAGCUCUUCAUCUUUCUACGUCACGCCCAGGCGAUGCACAACCAGUGGGGUCUGCACGCGCACAAAACCAAAUCCGUGAACGACAUCCCGUGCGACUACAAGGGCAAGGGCAACCUGGUGGACCCCGACCUUACGGGUUUUGGCAGGUUGAAUGCGAGGAAGUUUGUGAGGGACGUGCUCGAGAGCGGCUUGGGGAAGGAGAUCGGCGGGGAGGCUCGCGUGUUCUCCAGCCCCCUGUCGAGGACGCUGGAGACGACCGAAAUAGGUUUCGGUAACCAAACCGUGCUCAAGAUCAAGGGUGGUCGUGUGACCGUUAGCGAACUGCUUAGGGAGAGGAUUGACACGAGAGUUCCUUUUGAGGUACGGCGGCCAGUCUCGUACAAGAAGGGAGUAGACCAGCAAAACCUCGACGAAUUGUUCAGGUUUGACGACGUGGAGCCAUCGAAACUGCAGAACGGGGACACGGUCGGGUCCGUCACCGUGGAUUUCGACGGAGACAAGGGUAUCAUGGACCACAGCGUAAAACAAUUAUGGGAAGGAGAGCAGAACGUGCUCAACACUAAACAAUACGCCACGCUGGGAGCGUCGGAGCCGAGGGCGAACCCCACACCGAACACGAUGACCAAAACGAAAGCUGAUCAGACGGCAGACACAAGCGAGUUGAUGGCGCCGCAAUGUUUCGUGCCCAGUCGAGGUUUGGGUCUCGCAGUCAGCGAGCGAGGGUGGUGCUGCGUGGAAAACGGCCUGAAGCAGAAGUUUGGCCCCGAUAACCUGUUUGACUUUAACGUGACCAUCCCGAACAAGGAUCUAAGCGAAGCUGAGAGAAGCGCGCGCGACAAAACAAAUGAAACAUACGUUUGCAAACUGAUGGAGGCGGGGAGGUUGGGGAACAAAUUGUGCUACGGGCCCGCGAUGUUGGGACUGCUCGCACAAGACGACGUGAACCUGACGCCGGGCAGGGAGGAAGGUGAGAACGAGCUCGUCGGUCGCGUCCGCACUUGGAUCGCGUCAGUUUUUGACGAGGUGGAGGAUCAGGUUAUCGUCGCGGUGACACACUCGGACUGGAUCAAGCUAGCCAUGCACGACCUGGGGGUUGAUAAGUCGUGGCUCGUCCCCAGGAACAACGAGAUGUUACCGGUAAUUGUCGAAGACACGAGGCCCAAACCCAUAGAGAAACGUUGA